AUGGCGUCUUCUUCAUCAUCUCUCCAGCAAAAUCAGCAAUUUGAUGCUUUCUCUGGCAAAAGAAGGAUGGUUUGUGAGUCUGCAAGAUUGUUUGAUGUGUUCAUCAACCACAGAGGCCCCGAUGUCAAACAAACGCUUGCUCUUCAGCUUUACAAUUCCCUUCACCAGUUGGGAAUAAGGGCAUUUCUUGAUUCCCAAGAGAAGCAACUUGGAGAUUCGUUUCCUUCCACUAUUCAGACAGCUAUCAGCUCUGCUUCUGUACACGUAGCCAUCUUUUCCAAAAGAUAUGCAGAGUCCCCUUGGUGUUUGGCUGAGCUGGUUCUCAUGUUACAGAGCCAGGCCAAAAUUAUCCCUGUGUUUUAUGGAGUGAAGCCUAGUGAUCUCCGCCACAUAGAAACGGGAGCAUACGCUGAAGCAUUCACUAAAUAUAGAGAGAAGGGCAGAUACCUGGAGAAGCUUAACGAGUGGAAAAAAGCCCUCCAGUCUCUUUCACUUAUAGCCGGGGAAGAAUUUAACAGUAACUUGCACUGCCAAAAUAUAGUAGCGGCUGUGCAAAAGGAAGUGCAACGAAAAACACGUCUACAUGUUGCUCAAUAUCCAGUGGGGCUUAACAAUCUUGUGAAAGAUUUUGAAAAGCGUUGCCUUCAUGAUCUUGUACAAGAUUUUGAAAAUCAGUGCGGGCUAAAGAAAAGGGUGGAUAAGGCUAAUAAGAUAGUUGGCAUAUUCGGCAUGGGUGGAUCAGGGAAAACAACUCUGGUCAAAGAGUUGUUUAAUCAAAAGAGGUCAAAUUAUUCUAGGGCAAGUUUUUUGUUUGAUGUGCGAGAAACAUUUGAGAGAAGAGAAUUGCCUUCUUUGCAAAUUAAGCUUCUCAAAGAUCUAUUCCACAGACAUGAUCUCAGUUUUACAAAUACAGAGGAAGGGGUAAGCUAUCUCAAAGAUAGUCUACAAAGGAGCCCCGCUCAUUUAAACUUCCUAAUUGUUGUAGACGACAUCGAUCACGUGGAGCAGUUAAAUGCUCUACUCGUCAUGGAUAUCUUUAAUAGAUUGGGUAAUAGUCUAGUUAUUGUCACAACCCGUGAUGUUGGGGUGCUUAUAAGCGCAGGGAUUACUAAUGGCUAUCGUUUAAAAGGGAUAGAUAGAAAGUAUGGGAGUGAACUCUUCUGCUGGCAUGCCUUUGACCAGCCCAAUCCAUGUAGCGGGUACGAGGAGCUGGUUAAUUCCUUCGUAGAUGUGUGUGGAGGGUUACCUUUGUCUCUUCAAGUUUUGGGCAGGCAUGUUCAUGGUAGAAGUGAGGAUUAUUGGAGGUCAGAAUUGAUUCAAGUCAGGAAGGCAUUGCCUAGGGACAUAAAGCAAAGAGUGAGAAUAAGUUUUGACGCAUUGAAUGCUGAAGAAAAACAAAUUUUCAUGGAUAUUUCUUGCUUUUUUGGGGGCAGAGAACAGAGUAUAGCCGAAGAAGCAUGGGAGGCAUCAGGAUGGAACUGUCAGCAUGCACUAAAAUCACUUAGAGACAAGUGUCUUGUAGAAGAAAGAGAUAUAUCUUCUCAUCUUAGAAUACAUGACCACCUAAGGGACUUGGGAAGAGAAAUGGCACUUGAUCUUAGCCCUCCUCAUCGCCUGUGGCGUCCUCAAGAUCUGAAAUCUUUGGAAUCAAUGGGUUUAAAAAAUAUCCUCACCAAAACCAAUGUCAGGUGUUUUCAUUCCUUUUUUGACAAGUCCCUGAAUUUACAAGUUACAUUCCUCUUAGGGCAAUCAAACAUUUGUGGUGAGACUUCAGCUUCCCUACUAUGGCUCCAGCUCAUGGACACUUUCAUAGCAGAACCACUGAAGAGCAUUCCUUCAUGGAUUCCUCAUCAAAGUUUGCAGUAUUUGAAAAUCAUACAUGGACCAUUUGAAACGUUGUGGGAGAAUCAAAUACAGGUGCCCACCGAGUUAAAGAGUCUUGAUAUUACAUAUUGUAAACAACUGAAAAGUGUAUCAGGAAUAUCUAAUAUUGCAAAGCUUGUGGAGUUGAAUAUUAAUCAAUGCCCGGAUCUCGAGGAGCUAACUCUUGGUUAUCUCAGCUGCCUUAAAAAAGUUACCAUUCAUAACUGUAAUAAUUUGAAAGGUGUUUCAGGAAUAUCUAAUCUUACAAAGCUUGUAAAACUAGAAAUAUUUUGUUGUUGGAAGCUAAAGUUUGAGUGCUUUUGUCUCGGCGGUAUGAAGUGUCUGGAGAGCAUAACAUUUGAUGAGAGUGUAUAUGUGAAAUACUUUGUGUUGUAUGGCUGCAAAAUGUUGCAAACAAUAAAAUUUGGUUGUGUAGAUCUGGUAGAAUUAAGCAUUCGGGGCUGUCCAGAGCUUAACGAAAUACCAGAUUUUAGAGCAAGUUGUGUGGAGAGGAUUAUAAUUGAUGGCUGUGGGAAGCACGAAUAUCAUCAUUGUAUAGUUGUCCAAAUUUGA